AUGGAAUCUUCUAAAAUUUUAGCUGAUUAUUUGAAUUCUCUGAUGAGGAUCCAAUUCAACGUCUCCCUAGAGAGUUUUGCGAGAGAGUUUCCACGUGGAACUCUGUCAGAAUUGAUAGAAGCCAUAUACAAUGCGUUGGUUUCCCAGCAAGAGUCAAGGCAAAUUGCAUUGGUGCAGAAAAACAUACAAGCAGAGUUCGAAUUUCCAAUGCAGGACAUAUUCGACGCAGCACUGCAAGAGGUCAAUCCAAGGGAGUUAGGGACAUUAACCGACACCUUAACGAGCUUAGGUUCUAAAUUGAGGUCUCAAGAGAAGGUUUUGGAUAUGGAUAUCCUGAAUAAGCUCACUGAAAUCAAUAAACUUGCAGAGAAGAUUGGUGAAAGUACAUAUAGUGAACGAGACCAGAGUGAUCGACAAACUAUAACGGACUCUAUUAAUGGCAUAGAUAAACUAUCUACUUUGCUCGAAGGAGGAGCCCAUAGUUAG